UUAAUUCUAAAUAAAACAGCUAAAAUAUUCUCUUGAUCCCGCACAAGGAGAAAAGGCUAUGCCCUGUUUGGAUGCCCCAAAUUCUCGUUUAGGGGAAAACCAGUUCUUUACUGUAGCGGAAGUACGAGAAAUAUACCGCCCACUUUCCUCAGAGGUGCAAUACUGCUGUAAUUAUUUUUGCUCAAUCAAAUAGAUGGCUGGGAGGUCUUCUCGUUCGAAAACACAGCUAACUGUGCAGCAGCGAGAAUCCCAGUGUAGAGCUAAGUGGACCACAUCUCGUACCAUAAUAAUGGUGAAUGUAAUGGUAGACGAAGUUCACAAGGGGCAUAAGCAAAACAAGUCUUUUAGUAAGAAGGGUUGGAAAUGCAUUUCUGAUGAGUUUCAAAAAAGAACUGGUCUUACGUGGGAGAGGGAUCAAUUGAAGUAUCGAUAUGCUGCACUAAGAAAGCUUUUUGCUACUAUAAAGUUGCUACUUGAACAUACUGAUUUCGAAUGGGAUGAAACUACAGGUUUAAUAACAGCAACAGAUGAAGCUUGGGACCGGUACAUCAAGGAUCAUCCAGAUGCGGAGACCUUAAGGAACACAGGCUGCCCAUUUUACAAGGGACUAACCGUGAUAUUUGCGGAUUCUGGAAGUAGAGGGACAUAUAAUGGAUCUACUAUGCACAAGGACCCUCUCUAUGGUUCAUUACAGGAAGAGUUCUCAUAUUCAGAGUCUGAAGAAGGUCCAGAUUCCAAUGAGCUAGAAAUUCUUCAAUCUGUGAGCUCACCUACUGAUAUAUCUCGAAAGAGAGGGCGGGGGAAGGGGGUUGAUGGUGCUAUUGCAAGAGCUAUAUCUGAGAUGGCUGCUGCUUCGAGACUUAGAGCAUCUGCUUUUAAGAAGUGCAACGGUAAUUUCUCCAUAACCGACUGUAUUAGAGCUUUGGAUGAAUUGGAAGGUGUCAAUGACCAAGUGUAUUAUGUUGCUUUGGAUCUCUUCAACAAUCAUGCAGCUAGGGAGAUUUUCUUAUCUCUCAAAGUUGAGAAGCGGCUGACCUGGUUAAUUGGCAAAUCUUCUGGUCCUCCCUAGUUUAAAGGACUAGUCCAACUAAUCUUGUUAUGUUAAAGUAAGCAAUCAUCUCCUAUCUGAAGUAUUCAUUUAUUGGUUUUUACAAAGCUGGAAGAUUCAUGUAUAGACCAUCUCUCUAUCUCUUUUUCUCACUUUUUACUUUUCAACAA